GCGGCCUUCUCCCGGGGUGACAAGCCCCGGCCCUUCCGGAAGGCGGAGCUCGCAGCCGGGCGUCUAAAGGGCUGGGUGGCGGCGUUAGGGCCGGUCGGCCGGGGCUGCCCGCCCUCCUUUUUUUUCCCCCCUCCUCCUCCUCCUCCUGCUCCCUCUUUCCCAUCCCCGCUUCCCCGCUGAGAAGCAGCCGCGGCCGCGCGUCGUAAGGGAGCUCGGGCCACCACCAUGUCGGGGCAGAGCCUGACCGACCGCAUCACGGCGGCGCAGCACAGCGUGACGGGCUCGGCCGUCUCCAAGACCGUCUGCAAGGCCACCACGCACGAGGUGAUGGGCCCCAAGAAGAAGCACCUCGACUAUUUAAUACUGUGUACAAAUGACAUGAACGUAAACAUCCCCCAGUUGGCAGACAGCCUAUUUGAAAGGACAACCAACAGUAGCUGGGUAGUAGUCUUCAAAUCUCUCAUCACAACUCACCAUCUCAUGGUUCAUGGAAACGAGCGUUUUACCCAGUACCUGGCUUCCAGAAACACAUUGUUUAACCUGAGCAAUUUCUUGGACAAAAGUGGAUUGCAAGGAUAUGAUAUGUCCACAUUUAUUAGGAGAUACAGCAGAUAUUUGAAUGAGAAAGCAGUUUCCUACAGACAAGUAGCUUUUGACUUUACAAAAGUAAAAAGAGGAGCUGAUGGAGUCAUGAGGACAAUGAAUACUGAAAAACUGAUAAAAACUGUACCAAUUAUUCAAAACCAGAUGGAUGCACUGCUUGAUUUCAACGUCAACAGCAAUGAACUCACAAAUGGUGUAAUUAAUGCAGCCUUUAUGCUCCUUUUCAAAGACGCCAUUAGACUUUUUGCAGCAUAUAAUGAAGGGAUUAUUAAUUUGCUGGAAAAAUACUUUGACAUGAAAAAGAAUCAAUGCAAGGAAGCCCUUGACAUAUAUAAGAAGUUUCUGACUAGAAUGGCAAGAAUUUCUGAGUUUCUCAAAGUUGCGGAGCAAGUGGGGAUAGACAGAGGAGACAUACCAGAUCUUUCUCAGGCACCAAGUAGUCUUCUAGAUGCUUUAGAACAGCACCUGGGCUCCUUGGAAGGAAAGAAAAUCAAAGAUUCCACUGCUGCUAGCAGGGCUACCACGCUUUCCAAUGCUGUUUCUUCUCUUGCAAGCACUGGCCUCUCUCUCACCAAAGUCGAUGAAAGGGAAAAACAAGCUGCACUGGAGGAAGAACAGGCCCGUUUAAAAGCUCUAAAGGAACAGCGUCUAAAAGAGCUUGCAAAGAAACCCCACCCGUCUUUAACCACAGCCUCUUCCCCUGUGUCUAAUGCUGCAGGAAGUAUAAUGACCACCCCAGCUAUCGAUAUUUUUUCCACACCCAGCUCUUCAAACAGUUCAUCAAAGCUGCCAAAUGACUUGCUUGAUUUACAGCCAGCUUUUCACCCAGGUGUGCAUCCGAUAUCCUCCGCACCACAAGUGGGAGGAACCUGGGGAGAUCCUUUCGCAUCCACUCCCGAUGCCAUCGACGAUGCCAUUCCAAACUUAAAUCCUUUCCUCACAAAAUCUAGCGACCACCUUUCUGUCUCCUCUGAUGUUCACCCUUCUUCUUUCACUUCUAGGACACCAACUCAUGAGAUGUUUGUUGGGUUUACACCAUCUUCUGUUGCCCCAUCGCAGCCAUCAGCAGGCCUUAACGUUGACUUUGAGUCUGUGUUUGGAAACAAAAGUUCAAAUGCGUCAAUGGAUCCUAGUGGCUUUGAUGAAUUAGGUGGACUCCUAAAACCAACAGUGGCUUUUCAGAACCAGAAUCUUCCAUCUUGCAAAGCACCACCCAAUAAGUUGGUAUUAGAUGACUUGGAUUCAUCUCUAGCCAACCUUGUAGGCAAUUUGGGCAUUGGAAAUGGGACAGCAAAAAAUGAUGUAAACUGGACCCAGCCAGGAGAAAAGAAAUUAACAGGCGGUUCCAACUGGCAGCCCAAAAUUGCACCCACCACUGCUUGGAAUGCUCCAACCAUGAAUGGCAUGCAUUUUCCACAAUACGCACCCCCUGUCAUGGCCUAUCCUGCUACAACGCCAACAGGAAUGAUGGGAUACGGAAUGCCAUCCCAAAUGGGAGGAGUACCAGUAAUGACGCAGCCAACUUUAAUAUAUAGCCAACCUGUCAUGAGACCUCCAAAUCCUUUUGGUCCUAUAUCAGGAGCACAGAUCCAGUUUAUGUAAUCAUGCCAGACGGAGCGGAACGAGAAAAAAAUCCCAGAAAGACACGUGUGCUCAAGUGACCAACCCUUUUUUUGCAGCUCAGUCCAAAUGGAAGUCUCUCCAGCUCUCCAGUAGAACAGACUCAAAUCAUGCAAAGCCCACAACAAAGUUGGUGGGUCUCUCGGCCAACCUAAGGAAAUCUCAGCACCCUGCAGUGUGGUAUAAAGCCAAGAAUUGCCACAAAUUUGGUGUGGGAUCUUUUUUCUAUUUCCUCCCCCCCCCCUUCCCGCGGUAACUUAACAUGUUAGUAACUCCUGCCCCCUAUUUUAUAAUGUUGAUUGGUAACCUAUGAAAGAAGCUACCUAUUCUGCUAAUUGGUGUUCUGGAAAGUUCUCUUUGGAAUGAAGAGCUGGACACCUCGUUUUUUUUCCUUAACUUCAGUGGCUUUUCUCUCGAGGAUCAAAUCCUAACUCUUUUAUUCGACAGCCUCUUCUCUCCAUUCGUCACCAACCUUCUAGACUCCAUGCCGAAAAGUUUUAACUUAAAAAACAAAACACACACACAAAAACCCCCAAGCCAACCAAAUUAUAUAUUCCGUUCGCAUAGACAUUCCUUUAUGUAUUAUUGUUUUGUAUUUAUUUAUGAUUAUCCGUUUAAAAUAACAAAUGUAUCACAAAACCGCCUCCUCUCUGGAGAAACGAAUGCCGAUGUAUACUAUGGGUCUCCCGUUAAGAGUUCGUCUCCUUUUUAUUAUCAUUUUUUUUUAUCCACCGGAACAAUUUCUAGACAAUUCUCAAUCCACACUCCUGCCAUGCGGAAUAUUGGGCACGUUCCAAGGUCUGAAGAAAAUGCCCCUUAUGGAAUACCCUCCAGGAAUUAAGAGCGAUCGAUGGAUGAAGUUGCCAGUUCUGCUCAAGAUUUGGGGAAAGGGGGGGGAACAGCUGACUGGUGGGAGCAUGGUAAUUUUUUUUGACCAGCCGUCCCCCCUCGGUGCUUUGAGAAAGCUUUUCCUUGCUUUGUGCUUGGCAUGCCAUUUAUCUUACACUUGACAUAACAGCCUUUUCCAAAUGAAUGUGAGGAAUUGCUUUCACUUUCAAAGACUUUCCUUCUCUGUAUAAAACAAAAAAAACAAAAAAGCAAACAACUACAGACAGUUCUGGUGUAUUAUGUGAGUGGGGGGGCGGGAAAAAAAAACCAGACGACUUCUUUUCUGCGUUUGAAUCAUGUACCAAGAAAUAGAAUGAAAAUCUCAGAAGGGAAAGUCGGGUCUUUGCUAAUGGGCAACCCUACCAUGAAGUUCUCCAGGGGAAGCUCCAUCGAAUCUUGUUUCGGGGUGACUUCCUGGUGCCCUGGAUUCUCAGUGCAUAGGAAUCCCCUUUUUUUUUUUUUGUUCUUUGGUGAAUUUGAAAACAGCACUGUGGAUCGGUGCUAUAUGUAAAUACAUCCUAUCGGUUUAGGUGGCAUUUGGGGCCUUAAAAGGAGGAUAGUCUGGGGGCAUGAAAGCAAUUCUGUACAUGAAUUAAGCAUAUUUGCUGCAUUGUCUCUGCAGAUUCUAUUUUUGUUUAAAAUGUUAUAAAAUGUAUGUUAGCAAAAAAGGUGGAUUUUCAAAUAAAAUGCAGCUUCCACAAAC